CGCGGCUUCCGUGAGCUCAGGCUUCCUUCAGCGUCCGGAGCGCCGGCCCUUCGGCUCCCGCGCGGCCAUGGCGGGGCCGGGCCCGGGCCCGGGGGACCCGGACGAGCAGUAUGAUUUCCUGUUCAAGCUGGUGCUGGUGGGCGACGCGAGCGUGGGCAAGACGUGCGUGGUGCAGCGCUUCAAAACCGGCGCUUUCUCGGAGCGCCAGGGCAGCACCAUCGGCGUCGACUUCACCAUGAAGACGCUGGAGAUCCAGGGCAAGCGGGUCAAGCUGCAGAUCUGGGACACAGCUGGCCAGGAGCGAUUCCGCACCAUCACCCAGAGCUACUACCGCAGUGCCAACGGGGCCAUCCUUGCUUACGACAUUACCAAGAGGAGCUCCUUUCUGUCAGUGCCUCACUGGAUCGAGGAUGUGAGGAAGUAUGCAGGCUCGAACAUCGUGCAGCUGCUGAUUGGGAACAAGUCGGACCUGGGCGAGCUCCGGGAGGUCCCUCUGGCCGAGGCGCAGAGCCUGGCAGAGCACUACGACAUCCUGUGUGCCAUCGAGACGUCCGCCAAGGACUCGAGCAACGUGGAGGAGGCCUUCGUGAGGGUGGCCACGGAGCUGGUCGUCAGGCAUGGCGGCCCUCUGCUCAGCGAGAAGGGCACCGACCACAUCCAGCUGGACAGCAAGGACGUCGGGGAGAGCUGGGGCUGUGGCUGCUGACCGGGGGACAGGGCAGGCAGGCAGGGCCCUCCCCACCUCCUCUCUCUUUCUCUUUCUCUCUGUCUCUCUC